AUGAGCACACCGAACGAACAGUUCAGCCAAUUCGCUGCAUUCAAUAACACGAACAGCCCUUCCCCAAUAACGCAGGCUUUGUCUGGCACACCAUCUCCACAUAGAACUCCUUCACCAGCACAGUUUCAGCCCCAUAACACCGAUGAAUAUGAAGUCGCUUCGUUUCUUUCCAAUUUAAAUCCCCAAGUGAUUAUGAAAGUAUCAACAUCAGAGCCAAGGGAUGCACUUCAACUGGAGAGGACUUGUCUCACUUUCAUUAGAUUCGCAACUACUUUGUUCUUCACUGCGUUGGGGGUGGCAUUGAAUUUCAAAUUCAAGACUUCGUCUAAAAAUGGAGAUGAGGAAGACGAAGGACAGGAAAAGUCAACCUAUUCCACCGUGAUAUCGUUCAUCUUGAUCUUCUUAUCGCUAGCUGUGCUAGUGGUUAGUGGGGUAAGCUACUUUAUAACAAUAAAUAGGUAUGCGGCUCACAAGAUACAGAACUAUGGGUUCAACAAUUUCCACUCGGUAAUUUGCUUCACAUCGGUGGUGCUAACACUAAUGGGGAUAAGUAUAAGUUUGAUAGUAGAGGGAUAUUUAGAGGAAGAGUCGUAG